UAAAUCAUAUGGAUAAAAAUCCAACAAAAGAUUUACUUGAAUUCUAUAAAAACAAAUCGGCUGAAUACGAAAAGGAUAUAAUAACAUUAACUAAGAAGAUAGAAGAAAUUAAAAAAUGUAAUACAAAUCAGCUAGAUUUUUGGCAACAAAUUAAAGAAAAGAAUGAUGAUAUAUAUCAUCUUCAAGCAUUAUUAAACAAAGUAGAAAUCUGUUUAUUAAAAGAGAAGGAGAGUGCUUUGAGGGUAUCUGCUGAAAAUGAUCAAUUAAGAAUAAAAGAUAUUGAUAAUAAAAAGAGGAUCAAAGCAUUGGAAAUAGUACUGUUUUCUGAUCAAGAUGGUCUAAAAACUACCCAGGUAAUGGGUAAGACACAUAAAACAAUUCCCAGUUUAGCACUUAGUAAAUCUCGGGCAUCAACAAGUGGAUAUAAUUCUUUGGAAAACAUUGCAGAAAAUCAGAAUUUUAAAAAUUCAAACCCAUCAAAAUCUCAAGAUAAACAAAUUGAAAUGUUACAAAUUAAAGCACUAAAAUUGGAGAUUGAAGAGCAACGGCGUUUUAUUACUGUUCACAUGGGAAAAAUAAUUGAUAAAAAUAAUCAAAAUGAAAAUUUUGUCAAAGAAAUAGAAAAAAGGGAAAUUGCCAAACAGAAAAAUUUAGUGCAAAGAUUAUCAUCAACGCAAGAAUUAUUGUGUCAAACUGCUAAAGAUUUGGCAGAGUUGAAAAAAAUAUACUAUAAAAAUGAAGAAAUUUAUAAAAUAAAGGAAGCAUCAUUAAGAAACACAAUCAUAGAACUUAGAUCACAAAUAAACCACAUGAAGUUUUCGUCAAAUGUUAAUUUGUUGAGUGAUGAAGACAUAUUCAAUGACAAAACUGAUACUUCCUCAUUUGAUGAUGCUAAAAAAUAUAGACAUGGUCAAAAAUAUAAUAUGGAUAAAGUUUUGGAGAAGAAGAUGAAGGCUUCUCAAGAUAGUGCCAUAUAUUAUAAGGAAAAGUAUUUAGACUUGGAGAAUGAACACGAAUUAUUGAAUGCAAAAUAUAUCGCAGAACAUCAAAUUUAUUCGGAUAGACAUGAAACUUUGACCCAGAGGCUUAAGGCAUGUGAAUUGAAGUAUCAAAAUAUUUUGAAACGUAGAAAUUUUGAUAAGCAAGGAUAUCAGGCUGAUACUAACAUUCUUAAAGACAAAGUUAAACAGUUGGAACGAUUGUUAUACAGGGCAACUAUCAACCUGGGCAAUGAAACGAAAAACAGAGAAAUCCUCGAAAAUAUGGAGCAAAUAGCUCAAGAUUCAAAAAAAAUGAUUCAUGAUGAGACGAAAUCUAGGCUUCAAUUGUUGGAAAUGGAAGAACGACUCAAAACUCAACUUCAUGAUCCAAAUUUGGGAUAGACAUUAUAUAAGAAUAAUAUUUAAUAAGUUGUUAGUUUAAUGGACAGCUAUUCCUAAUAUUAAUAGGAAGUUGUUUUAAUAGCAUUUUAAGAAGUUUUCAAAUGUAAAAUGAGUUACUUCCCGCUAUUUGAAUUUUUAACUGAAUUAGGGUGGGCAUUUUUUAAUAAUACCUGAUAGAGAAAUAUUAUGUUUGAUGGUUAAGAAACUAACCCAAACUCUAAAAAAAAUUCAAUGCUAUGAAUAAACUAUUUCUAUUUUUAGUAUAUUAUUGUUUGAACUGUGACAUUUAUAAAGGAUCUCAUCGUGCCUAUAUAUGCAUUAUAAAAAUAUAUUUUAUAAUUAAAAAUGAAUUUUUUAAAUCUUUUUGUGAUAAUGUUUGAUUUUAUAUAUUUUUUUAUGCUUUUUACAAGCAAUUUUAAUGUUAGAUAAAAAUUAUUUUUUCUUAAGAAUUUUCAUUAUAAUUGCAAUAUUAUAUACUCUUCCCCUUAAAUAUAUCCUUUUUUUGUAACCAUAUUGUUUAAGCCUGAAUGAUUUUUUAAUUAGAAUGAGAACACUUAAAUUAUUUUAAGAUUAUAGAGGAUAAGGAAGCCAGUCCUUUUAAUUAAUACUGAUUGCAAUAGGAAGAGAAGCCCAGCUGAAUGAGGUCUUAGUUCAGGAGAAAUUAAACCUGGACACACUAACCAUUUCGGCCCAAAAAUUUAACAGAUUUUUUUAAAAUUAAUAAUAGGACUUUUUCCUUAUUAGUAUAUUUAGGGAAAAACGCGAUUUAGUCGAAGAAAACAAGCACAACCCAUUUUUAUAUUUGUAUAAAAGUACUGCGUCAUUUAUUUUAUAUUUUUUUAUUGCACCUUUUUAUAUUUACUAUAUAAAAGCGUCAUAAUUUUUAUGUUUAUUUACUUAUUGUUUUAUAAUAUAUUAGUAAUAAAAGUAUUUUAUUAAAUUUGUGUUUUCAGCUAAUUAACAUUAAAAAAGCUGUAUAGUUACCAUGAAUCGAUUUCAAUUGGUUCUGAGGAUUUACCAAUCCCUCCCGCAAUUCUAAUUGUUACCUAUCACAUUCUUCCCGUGAUGAUGUCACAAUACAUCAUUUUUAAAAUUUAUUACAUACGUUUUUUAUAUUAUGUAAAUUAUUUAGAAAUAAUGAAAUGGUAGCCAUAUCAACGAUAUUUUA